AUGAAGAAUUAGUUGAUGAUGAUUUUCAUUGGUCUGAAAUUUGUACAAAUUGGAUUGAUUUAAUUAAUCAACAAAGUUUUUAUGCAAUUGGAAGAAAUAUACAUCCAGCUGAUGAUGAAACUGCAAAAUUGAAAUUAAAAUAUUUGUUUAAAGAAAAUCUUAAAGCACCAACAUUUUUAGGAAUUGAAUAA